AUGUCGGCGCCUGGUUCCAGUUCAUCUGAUGGCGUGAUUGAGGCUCAUGCCCUUCAUCCUGUUGAUACUAGCAGGGCAAAAGAUGGUGUUUGGCUCGUUAAAGUUCCCAAUUACUUGGCUGAUCUAUGGCUAAAAUCAAACACAGAUCGUACCGUCGGGAAAGUUGUUAUGUCAACCGUAGACUUAGGAAAUGGAAAUAAAGAACAAAAACAGAGUUCAGACGUUCAUCUCAUAACUGAUGAUAGUCUGAUUGCAGAGGCUGGCGAGAACAGUGAACUUAUCCCGAAAGAACAUCAGUUUUUGGUCCAAACGAUACCACUGCCGAAUACGCCUCCUGGUAAGAACCGUUUUGGGUCCUCGCGACGCUCUUCCACGAUGGUGGGCCAAGAGCUUGUCAUUCUCUGUGAGGAAGAUUCUCAAGCACCUAUGUCUUUAAAUGAGUCUGCAUCGUCCUCGUUCCCUCCAUCACAACGUGCACGGCCUGGCAAACGUUACUCCCUAUUCGGACGAGUCAAUAGUAGGGCUGAGUGCCAGCCACCCCCGAACGCCAACUACAUGAGACUUAAGGCGCUGCAGUUAAAGGCCAAAAAUCGUGCUAGACAUGAAGUGUGUGUUCUGGACAAGCCGGUGCAAACCCACCUACCUGUUGCGAACCAUGCAUUCAAUAUUGAAUUUGGAGCACGCAAGAAGCGUGAAGGUAAAAAUCUACGUCGCGAACGUGAAGACGUCCUUCAGGACCUAUUUAAGGCGUUUGAGAAGCACCAGUACUAUGCAUUUAAAGACCUGCUUCUUCUAACUAAACAGCCUGUAACAUAUCUUACGGAAAUACUGAAGGAGAUUGCAGUUUUCAAUUCCAGACCACCGCAUCAGAACAUGUGGGAGCUAAAACCCGAGUACCGACACUACACCUCAAAAGAAGACUCAACUGCAUGA